CUUCGCGGUCGUAUUGGAUUGUCCUGAUCCUGAUGCAGACCUGCGUUCUACACAGGGCCAAGCAUGAUUUGCCACGAGUCGCCAAGAGAGUGCGUCAUUUAAGUGCUUAAACGGCAUCCACUGACCAUCCGCCUCGCCACGUCAUUGGCACGUGUUUUACUUACAUGGCACUGUAGGCCUUGAAUUUGGCGGGGGAGGGUAUAAUUCCGUUUGGAUAUGCGGAUAAUUUCGUUUGGAUAUGCGGAUAUUCCUUUCCAUGAUCCGCCCCGCAGCAUCUCUCUAUUCGUAAGGUGGUGGGCCCGGUGGGAUUGACGAUUGCUGCCACCCGGAUGGGUUAGUAGAAUUACGAACUUGCCACGCUAUUUGAGGUGGUGAUUUUUUAUUCAUUUAACCAAAUUGCCCUUUUUGAACUAAGAUAAGAUGUGCCUCGCUGCCUGUGUAUGGGAAAGGUUGAACGACCAGUUUGACCAACACAAAACGGUGUCGUCUCAUGCCCUGCUUCUCUUGACACCUGUAAUUACAUGUGUACAUGUGUCGUUUGUUGUUGUUGUAAAUUUAGGGGCUUUGGAACGCUGAAUAUCCAGAAAGCCAAUUAAAAAGUCAUCCUACUUUAUGGCGUUGAUUUCAAUGGGCAAUGCAGAAUGCUUACUGCCGUUGUUUGGUAAUAGUAACACUACCACCACCAGCUUGGAUCUCACGAAAAACAUUGCAAAAACGACAAAUCACUUCCCAUAAGGGUAUUUUCGUCCACUCAGAUUCCGACGUCAGUUACCAAAGCUGAGAAUCCGAAUCCAGCGAAAGAGGACAAACCGGGGGCGAUGUGGGGAUUUCGCUAUCAUAAAAUAUAAUUACCCUCCCGCAUCGGAAGCUCACGUUGGUUUGUGCAUUCUCUUUAAAGAGCUCCAACCAACGCAGUUGUUUGUUGAGCAACUUACAUCGAAAAUCCAGAGGAUUUUGAGGCCAGAAACCUCGCGACUCGCGACAGAAUAUAGUAGAAAGCAUUACACUCAAGCUCAGCUAAGCUAAAUAGGUUUUGCUGGAUAAGAGGAGGUAGAGCUUCUUCUUCCCCUUAAUAUUGGAGUGAAAAUCAAUACAUGAUUUCAAUGUCAGAGCCAGCAUCAGAGAGAAAUUACAGCAAGCCCCCAGGGAUUCGGUUAUUAGAGUACAUAAAGAAAUCCCCACUUUCCUACAAAACCCACCAAGCCAUUGUUCUGAUUGUUACUUUUUUAGCAUAUGCUAGCUACCAUGCCGCUCGAAAAACAACGAGCGUGGUCAAGAGUACCCUUGAUCCCGAAUCUUCAGAUGUGAGCUUGAAGUUUUUCCCAUGGAGGAUGACUUACUUAAGUGAACCAGCUGAAGGCAGAAGGUUGUCUCGGAUUCUUGGAGAUGGUUGGGCCCCGUUUAAUGGAUCAGAUGGCACAGCCUUGCUUGGUGAAGUUGACCUAGGUUUCUUGGCUGUAUAUGCUAUAGGAAUGUAUUUCUCUGGACAUUUGGGUGAUAGAACGAACUUAAGGAUCUUUCUAACCAUCGGUAUGGUAGGAGCCGGGGUCUUUACUUCAUUAUUUGGAAUUGGAUAUUGGGCAAAUAUUCACACUUUCUAUUACUUCCUCGGGGUUCAAAUGCUUGCUGGUUUGUUCCAAUCGACUGGAUGGCCUUCAGUAGUCGCAGUUGUUGGUAAUUGGUUUGGGAAGAAGAAAAGAGGGCUGAUUAUGGGUAUAUGGAAUGCUCAUACUUCUGUUGGGAACAUUACAGGGUCUUUGGUUGCUUCCGCUCUAUUGACAUACGGGUGGGGUUGGUCCUUUGUAGUCCCUGGUCUCAUAAUUGCUACCGUUGGUGUGCUGGUUUUUCUAUUCUUGCCUGUUAGUCCUGACUCUGUUGGAGCCGAAGAAGAUGAAUUGGACUCUCCCAAGAAAUGUGGGGCAGCAGGAGUAACAGAACCAUUAUUGGAACCAGAGGUUAAGGUGAAGGAGAGUGCUGUGGGGUUCCUAGAAGCUUGGAAAAUUCCUGGAGUUGCUCCUUUUGCUUUAUGCCUUUUCUUUUCCAAGUUGGUGGCUUAUACAUUUCUCUAUUGGCUUCCUUUCUACAUUAGUCAUACAGCUAUUGAUGGAAAGUACUUAUCCAGUGAGGCAUCUGGUAACUUAUCCACAUUGUUCGAUGUUGGAGGGGUUCUUGGAGGAAUCCUUGCUGGCCAUAUUUCUGAUCGCUUAGAUGCCAGAGCCAUCACAGCUGCAAGUUUCAUGUACUGUGCUAUCCCUGCUCUCUUUUUCUACCGAAGCUAUGGCCAUGUAUCCAUGGCUGUGAACAUUGCACUUAUGUUCAUCACCGGCAUGUUUGUCAAUGGGCCAUAUGCUCUAAUAACAACAGCUGUGUCCGCAGACCUGGGAACACAUAGCUCAUUGCGCGGGAAUUCGAGGGCAUUGGCAACGGUAACAGCAAUUAUAGAUGGAACAGGCUCUGUUGGGGCUGCUAUUGGUCCAUUAUUAACUGGCUAUAUUUCAGCCAAAAGCUGGAGUGGAGUUUUCACAAUGUUAAUGGUAGCAGCUCUAAUUGCAGGGCUGCUUCUGACUAGGCUUGUCGUGGCCGAAGUGGGUGCAAAGAUUGAAGAGUCGAGAUCGCGGUCUGCAUCAAGGUCUCAACCCACAGUAAUUGAUGUGUGAUAAUUAAGAGGAUGUUCUUAGGGUUUUUACAACCUUUGUUAUGAGUGGUAUCAUCGGGGGUGUCCACAAGCUCUGCUUCAGACUUGCUGCUUAUUCAAUGAAGAGGAGAAGGAUCCUCUGUUAUGGUCCUAGGAAGGAGAGGAUUUUUUUUAAACUUUCUCCCUAGUAUACGUAACACAUUGAAGGGAAAGUUGAAGGGAAGAAAAGAAAAGGGAUUGGAGUAUAUUGUAACUUUGUACUGUAUCAUAUAUGUGUGUACAUUAUUUUGUGCCUUUUAAUGAAAUUAAUCACAGAAGGAUGACAAAUUCAUCCUAAACUGCUAUUUUGUGUUU